CUCGACGUGCGCAAGCUGUGCUUCCGAACCACGCUAAGGAUGACAACACUACCGCUAUCACACCCGCUAGCCAGAGGCAUCAAGACAGCGCACAAUUUCUGCACGAAGCACGGAUACGCGGGCCACAAGGGCCAUCCCUCAUCACUGCACGAGCUGCUAAACGAGUUCAAGAUCAACCAGGAAAAGAUGGAAAAGAUCACGCCGAUCUGCCAGUUCCCCAAAUGGAUCCCAGACGUCACAACAAGCAUAGCGCAGAAAGAGGAGGAGGCGGUUAAGGAGGAGGAGACAGCAGACGAAGAUUUACGCGUUUAUUCGGACGGGUCAGCGAUAGACGGGGGAGUGGGAGCUGCAGCGGUCUUGAUGAGAGGAGCCAAGAUAGUCAGCGAGAAGAGGUUUCAUUUGGGCAGCGACAAGGAUCACACGGUAUAUGAUGGAGAAGUGGUGGGGAUGAUACUGGCGGUGAAGUUGCUG